AAGUCAAGCAUUUAGAUAACCUCGUGAUAAAUUACUCUGGAUAUAGCAACCUCCUUGGUCAUAUGAGUAUUCGUAUAGAGAUCACAUGCCUUCCUCAAUCAUGCAACACAUGCAGGAGGAGGAGGGAGAGGCGGGAGAAGAACAAACACCCAACAGAACUGUCCGUAGACGGGUGAAGAGGUAAAGUGGAGCACAACAAUAACAGCAGCAUCCCCACAGCGGAUCGCCAAGGGACCUGAGGGAUCUUCUCAAGCGCAUUGUCCCUGAUUGACCGUUCAAGAAGUAAGCUAUCGGCAAUCCUUCGGUUUUCGAGAGGUGUGCAUCGUUUUUAGGGAUUGCAAGAGUAAACUACAGUGAUCGAGGACAGAAUGGCUGUAGAGGCUAAUCGAGGCCUCCAGGGCUUGGAUGAGUGGAGAAGACAGAGACAGACGGUGAGGGGGGGUCUGUGGAUUAAAGUCGAGGAGGAGGAUGAGGAAGAAGAAGUGUGGGAAGGGGAAGAGGAAGAAGGUGAGGCAGGCGAGGAGGCAGAGGAAGGGGAGGAGAGCGCAGGGCGGGAGAAGGAGGUAGAGCAGCAAGAAAGAGAGAACUAUUUUGAGAGGGUGAUAAAGAAAGUGGAGUUCAAGGAUGAGAGAAAAGCAGUCGCAGAAUCUCGGACCACAGGAGAAGAAGCGUUUAAAGUUGAUCACGGUGACCUUCAGAGGCAAGAGUCCACGGACGACGACGAGGCGGAACACUCGUCGGACAAAGAGGCAGAGGGCAACGACGAAGAUGCGAUAAAGAUUUACUGCAAAGAUGAUUAUCUUACAGACCUAUUCCGCAACUUGACUGAGUUCAGGGACUCCUCUGUUCUCACUGACCUCACUCUGAGCACAAAGGAGGGGGAGAGCUUCCACGUACACUCCCCGGUCCUGGCUGCUGUCAGUCUACGUAUCCGAGAAAGACUUAGAAAAAGUCUUGGAGAUAACGAGAGAGUAAAUGAGGGAAUAGAUGCAAGUGUUGGAGUCCACAAGUGGUCAGUGUCUCUGGGUGCAAAGGUGGAUGUGGUUGGAUUGAGGGCAGUUGUGGACUUCGCCUACACUGGACUCAUACCAUGUUUGAACAAGAACACGUGCCACCAGAUUAAGGCUGCGGCUCGAACACUGAGCGCCCCCAGGGUGCUGGAUCUCUGCAAAAAAGAAGAGAAGUCCACAAAAACUGGUGGGCAGGGGAAAGAGGACAAGAUCUCAGCUGCAGAACAAAUGAAGGUCAGUCUUCGGUCCAUCAGACAGCUGAGGACUGAUAGAGUGGGCUGUGAUGUCGUUCUGGAAGCUCUCAGAGGAUCGCUUCACGUCCACAGGGUCAUGCUGGCUGUGUGCAGCGACUACUUCCGCGGCAUGUUCACGUUGGGUAUGAAGGAGUCCCGUCAGCCUCGCGUGACCCUCCCCUUCCUUUUGGCAUCGGAGCUGGAGGCUCUGAUUGACUGCUCCUACAGCGGGGUCCUCCCCAUCAGCUGGAGUCAUGUCUUUGAGCUCACCAUCAUCGCUCUCCAGCUCCAGCACCAGCCUGCCCUCUCCUUGUCCCUUCAGUUUCUGCAUCAAGAAAUGAAUGCUCACUCCUGCCUGGACGUGGCAUCUUUUGCUGAGGCCUACGGCAUGAUGCAGCUUCUGGAAGUAGCGGACGAUUUUGCUAUGCGGCAAUUCCAAAAGGUGGCGAGUAUCUCAAAGUUCAAGGACCUGCCCGCCAAAAAGCUCCUAAUGUUCUUGAACAGCCGCUUGCUCUGUGUCUCAUCCGAACUCGAUGUGUUCAAAGCAGUGGCGGCGUGGAUCCUGGCGGGACCCGGGAAAAGGCGAAAGCUUGCUAAAGAACUAAUGAAAACCAUCCACUUUCCUUUGAUGACGUUCAAGGAAUUCAAAGAAGUCCAAUCGAUGGACAUGUGGUCUGAUCGCAGCCUUUCAAAGCUCUACGAUGCGGUGUUUAAGGAUUUCUGCUCCAGUGACAGUCAGUGCCGGAUAUAUCUCCCCAAAGACAGUCUGGUCCUGGUUGGAGGUGACCGCAUCUCUGAAGACCUGGGUACACGCAGCAUCAGCAGAGAUCUCUGGUUUGUGAAUUCCUUGAGAAACCAUGUUGGGAUAAAAAAGGCCAUGGAGUGGAGAAAGUUGGGAGAGAUGCCAGAGCCAGAGAGGUUCUAUCAUGAGGUGGCUGUCCUCAAAGGACAAUUGUAUGUGUUUGGAGGCAAGAAGUACUACGGCAUCCGCGACACCCUGAGUAAUGUUUACAGGUUUGACCCCCUUGAAAACAUCUGGGAGAGACUGGCUGACAUGCAGGAAAAGAGAUGCUCUUUCUCUGUGGCUGUGCUGGAGGGAAGUAUAUACGCCAUUGGUGGACACCGGGACUCUGAAUAUACAGAGAGUGUGGAACAAUACUGCUCUACUGGAAACUCCUGGAGCUUCAGGUGGCCCUUGGAUCUGCCUCUGGCUGGCCAUGUAGCAAAAGUCCUACACGGGCGGAUAUUUGUCUCAGGGGGGCUGAGCGGGGACUACCAAUGCCUCUCGUCCAUGUUCACAUACCAACCAGACACAGGAAGCACCUAUUUGUCUAACAUGGCCCACCCCCGAGCUCGUCACUGCAUGGAGACGCUGGGCCAACGUCUCUACGUAGCAGGUGGGAUGACCAUGGACGACAACAUGCGCAUCGCCGACCUCCUUGCUUGCGAGGUGUACGACCCGGUGGCCGACUCGUGGACCGCCUUCAUGUCUCUGCCCGUGCCGCAUGUGGGAGCCGGGGGUGCAGUCUUGGAGGGGAAGUUUUACGUGCUGGGGGGAUACAGCCAGGUGGACUACAGGGACACCGUGACGGUCCAUCGCUAUGAUCCCGGCCCACAGAGGUGGGAGAACAUGGGCCAGAUGCCCGGGCCCAACAACGACAUACGAGCAUCUGUGCUGUGUUUGCCCCCCGACCUCCGCUUGUAAAACUCGGCUCAUACACAUGUGAUCAUAUGUUACGUUGCAAUUUGAAAAAUACAUUAGUAUCACAUCUGAAUAAAGGUUGAUUUAUAUUACACAGUACAUCAGGUAAACCUUUUGGCAUGCAUACGGUAAGAUAGCAAAAGUGCAUUUUUGGUGCUGUGUAUUAGAACAAACUGUGCGGUGUUUGUCACUGUGAUGGAACUAUUGUAACAGUUUGGGAUGAGAUGUAUAUCAGUACGACAAUCCUUUGUGCAAACACCGACUACGGACACAGGAUGGAGCUGCUCCCUCUUCACAUGCUUAUAGUGUGAAGUCAGUGAACACAUUGGUCAUUGCACAAGGAAGAGAACUCCAGAUGACAAACGUGAAUCUUGAUCUCAUAGUUCAAUUUCAGACUAUGUUUUGCAGCCUUCAGGUGUUUUCAUUUCACUGACUGUAUAUGGGAAAACAUUGGUUAAAAAAACAGUCUCUUACAGAA